GGUGCCAUUGAAUUUCGCAUACAGUAGUCUCAGUGACUUCCGACUCGAGUGAGUGAUCAACUUCAUGGCUUCAGUGAGGAGACUCCUGAAGGCUGCUCAGUCAUGGCGCCCGAUUGUUUCUCCUAAAACCCUAACCCCUCCGUCGCUGCGUUUUCCUCCACGCCUCUGUCACAGGCCUUUUGAACAACAGAUUAAUCCCAGAAUAUCUGAAGCCCAGCUGCCUCCUGUAUCGGUUUCUAUAGUUCCAUCAGUCCUAGUUGGUUUGUUUGGGUUUGGAUUGCUUGAAAUCGCUCAUGCAGAGAGUGACCCGGGUGCUGAUAAAACUCCUUUGCCCUCUCAAUCAAGUCCUUCGCCAUCUGAAUCUCCUCCAAGUUACACAAAUUUGGAGGAAAAUGCCAGAAAAUUACGAGAUCGAUUAGAAGAGUUAAUUAGAACUAAAGGAAUGAAAUACGGUUCUUAUCCACGUUUUACCGUUGCUCUUAAGGGCCAAAAGGUCACGAUCAAGUUCCAAAUUCCUCCCACAUGUGAAGUUCCAUGCUUGAUUGCAAAACUUGUUUCACAGCUUGGAAUGAAAGUUGAAGAGCGUAGUGGUGGUUCCGACAUGAUAAUGCGAGCUUGGGACAGUGGAAUUGCUUGGCAACUAAUGCUUAGUCGUCUGGGAAAACAAAAUAAAACUGGAGCAGAACAGGUUCAUUCACAGUAUACAAAUGCAAAUGAGGGAGAUCUCUGCAUUCUCAUAUUUCAGUCGCUCAUCAGUGCUGACAAAGCGGAAAUUGAGUUCAUAAAGCAAGGAAGCUUCAGUCCUGAGGAGCUUGAUGCCUUGGUUUCUGUGUUACAAUUUGCUGGCGGAAGAGUGGAACAAAACAAAACAUUGGAAAGAAGACCAAGAGGAGAUGCUCCGCAGAUGCAUUCUGCACAAAAAUCAAUUGCUAGUCUUGAGGCCAUGGGAGUGAGAGUUUUUGGAGCUGAUGAACCCCAAGGGGGUCUCUCUAAGAAUGAGGUGUUGUGGGACAAUAUUGCUGGAUAUGACCAACAAAAACGACAAAUAGAAGAUGAGAUAGUGUUUGCUCUGCAUAGUCCUGAUGUAUAUGAUGAUGUUGCUCGUGGGACCCGGCAGAAGUUUGAGUCAAACAGACCUCGAGCUGUUCUGUUUGAAGGCCCUCCAGGUACAGGGAAGACGUCUUGUGCUCGUGUAAUUGCUAAUCAAGCAGGUGUGCCAUUGGUUUACCUGCCACUGGAGUCUAUUAUGUCAAAGUACUAUGGUGAAAGUGAGCGCUUGCUAGGGAAAGUGUUUGUGCAUGCCAAUGAGUUCCCAGAAGGUGCCAUUGUUUUUCUAGAUGAGGUUGAUUCUUUUGCUGUUUCUCGUAGUCAAGAAAUGCAUGAGGCUACCCGAAGAAUUUUAUCAGUGAUAUUGCGACAGAUUGAUGGAUUUGAGCAGGAUAAAAAAGUGGUGGUAAUUGCAGCAACAAAUAGAAAGCAAGACCUUGAUCCUGCUCUGAUGAGUCGGUUUGAUUCGAUGAUCACCUUUGGCCUACCUGACAACCAUGAUCGUCAGAAAAUAGCAGCUCAGUUUGCAAAGCAUCUGACAGAGUCCGAAUUAGUUGAAUUUGCCACAGCAACAGAAGGCAUGUCUGGAAGGGAUAUCAGGGACAUCUGCCAACAAGCAGAGCGGCAUUGGGCAUCGAAGGUGAUUCGAGGCCAAGCCCCAAAGGAUGGAGACCAAGUGAUUCUACCCCCCAUUCAAGUGUACAUUGAAAGUGCUAAAACCCGGGCAAAUACUCUACUCAGCAUUGCAGACCAGAAAACCGAAAAAUCUAACCGUAAUCAGAAGCAGCCCCAGUUAGCCUUCAGCUGAAUAUGGUACAUCAGUAAUUAGCUGUGGCCGGGUGGGUGUGUAGUUGGAUUCAUAUAAUAACAACCAAACAUGAUAGGUUUGGUUUUCCAUUGAUCUAUAGAUAAAUUCAUACAAGCGACUGAAAAAGAAAUUGAUAUUGAGAAGUUAGUUGAAAUGUGUUUGAGAUCAUAUCUGAUAAUAAUUGGACUGCCAUUGCAGGCUAAGUGUUCAAAAUAUAGGUACAUUUCAUAGUUUAAACUUAAA